UCUCGGCUCACGCGGCAGGCAUCUGUCAGACCAAGUCAAAGGUCCAAUUUGGUUGAAGCGUCGAAAUGGCGGAAGCCGACGUGAUGGCGGAAGGGGUGGAUGCCUCCGGUAAAACAGUUUUGUAUCUUGAUUUCAAUUCUUUGGUCACAGCUGCUGGGCAAGGAAAUAUGCAGAAUGUUGUCAUCGUGAACAGCGCUUCUGGCAACGCAAACAUUUCUAGUGUGCAUGGUGCUAAUAUCACAAAAGUACACGAAGUGCCUCUGGAUGACAUAACGCGGCCUCUUCCUGUUGCUCACUACGAUGAAGACAAGGUUAGAGGAAUCGUAGAACUUCUUGAGAACCCAAACACGAAAGACCAGGUUGCCCCUGUGGACCUACUGUGGAUCAAGGGUAGUGAGGGUGGCAACUACUUCUACUCUUUUGGUGGCAACCACAGAUUUGAGGCCCACUACAGGCUUGGGUGCACAACUAUUCGGGCCAAACUCAUUCGGUCAACACCUGAAGCCCUCGCUCUCUACUUGGGAGGGUCAACGCCAGACCUCAAGUGAUUGUAGUGGUGCCUAUUGUCGGGCGCGACAUCUCAGUUACCAAUCAUGGAUUGUUCCUAAUUGCUAUUGCUGUCUCAACUGCCAUUCAUGUGUAUAAAGCUCACAUCAUGAUGAAAAAACAGCAAGCCAUUUUAAUUUAUCAUUUGCUUGCGAGGCAUCCCACUAAUAAAAGAGGUAU